AUAUCGUCGCUGUCCGAUGAAAAACACGUAUCUCCAGUUUUUGCGUUUUUUACUUUUUUUCAUGUGUUGAAUGUGGGAAUGCAUCUCUACCUAUCCAUACAAGUGAAGAUGAAAAUGACCAAUCAAAAGUCUGAAAAAUCGCUCAUCUGUUUUCCGCGUAUCUCCAUUGGCUGCUAGACCUGUCUGUCAAACCGCGUAUCUCCUCCUCCCAACCCCCGCCACCUCUCUCUGUGGACGUGAAGAAAGUUGUUCUCCGGCAGCGUAGCUCAAACACUUAAGGUAAGAAUUAAACUGUAUCCGCUUUAACUAGUCGCUAACACGUGUAAAUAUGUGUCACAGUUCUAUGUUACUUCAUUUGAGCAGUGUUUAUUACAGAUUUUCGUUCGUAAUAAGGUUAACUUGCUUAAAGGCUAGUCAGCUAAGUUAACUAGCUAGCUAGCUAGUUGUCUAAAACACACAUUAGCUAGCUAGCUAACUAGUUAACCGAGGGUCAGGCAGUUAACGUUAUGUUUUGUGUGAAAUCUGUCUCUUUCAGACCAGAAAUGUCUCUCUCAUUGAAAGACCUAUGUGCACUGGUAAAUGUACCGUAUGAUAGGACACUGGAGGAAAAGGUGUUUAGUGAGGAAGAUGAGGAAGACGAGGAAGAGGGUGAGGCUGUAAGGCAAGAAGAAGUCGUGUUAGGAUGCAUUGAGUCCUCUUGUGAGGAGCAAGGUUUAUGGAAAAUGUGUAUUAGCAUUAAGUCAGACAGAGUAAAGAUUUCAGAAUUUAAGUUUUUACUCUUCAAAACAAAGCCUGAAUUCGGUCAACUAGUGCAGGCACUGUUACAAUAUUUUCUUUUCUUUUUAUUGAAGAUGCACUUUGCCCCAGAAAUAUCUCUGGACAAGAACAGGCCACUGAGGAUGUGCAAGAUCAGGUGGAACAUAAUGAAUCCGAAAAAGACAGUAUGUGUCUGAAAAACACACAGAGGGAGAGAAGUGUGGGUGUGAGAGAGAAAGAGAGACUAUUUAACCCAUAAAAGUUUAGACCCAGUUUUGAAUAUUGAUACAAAAUCCCUAAGAUACUUUACCUGAGAUAUUUACCUGUUUAUUUCUUAUUACAUGAGAAAGGGGGUACAUAACUUAAUAUUUUAAGGUUAAAAUUCCAAUGUAACAUAAAUGAUAAGAAUAAUUUAGUAAUUUGAAUUUUAACAUUUUGUUCUAGAAAUAAUUUCAGAGCUAGUUAUAUGAAAAGUAAAGGGUUUAGGACACGUAAUUAUGAGAUCUAUUGGGCUGAGCACUGGAAAUGCAAGAAAGCAAAUAGCAAAUUUUUCUGUUGUUUUUUUAUUAAAGAUGCACAUUGUUCAAAAAAUAUCUCUGGACAAGAGGAUGCUGCUGAUGGACAAGAUCAAAUGGCACACAAUGGAUCUGAACUACUGGGUAUGUGUGUGUCUCUCUCUCUCUCUCCCUUUUUCUCUCUCUCUCUCUCUCUCACACACACACACACACACACACACACACGGAUGGACUUGUUAUCCCAUAAGAGCUCAGACCCGGUUCUGAAUAUUGAUACAAAAUCCCUGAGAUACUUACCUGAGAUACUUACCUGAGAUACUUACCUGUUUAAGGUUAAAAUUCCAAUGUAACAUAAAUGACAAGACUAAUUUCAUAACUUGAAUUUUAACAUUUUGUUCUAGAAAUAAUUUCAGAGCUAGUUAUAUGAAAAGUAACACUUUACACUUUAGCGUUUGGGACACUCGUUGUGUUUUUUUAUUUUUAUUAAACACUUGAAAUGAAGUAAGAAUGUUUGUUUGUUUUUUUCCUUCAAGAGGGCAAUAAAGAAAAUGAUGUAGCUGAGGAGGCUUUAGGUGGAGAGUCUCGCAUGGGAAGACCAAAAAGGCGGACAAACACAGAGACCUGGAAAGUCAACACUCAGAAAAGGAGAAGAAUGAUGGGUCAGUCAUAUCUUGGAAGAAGGCAAAAUGAGGAAGUGACGAGGGAAGAAAGAAAAAUGGGUAGGCCAUGCCAGUCUGUAUUUUGUAGGAAAUCGAAAAAGCUGCACUGUGAAGCAAUACAGGAAGCGGACAGGGAGGCAAUUUUUAAAUACUUCUGGGAAAAAUUAGACUGGAGGGAGAGGAAAAUUUAUGUUGUGUCACUGGUAGAUGUAGGCCCUGUGAGAAGACGACGGACAGGAGAAGAACAGUCAAGGAGGUCAGCAUCCAUUCUGUGUCACCUUAAAGUGGAUGGCAAAAGGACCAGGGUAUGUCAGAGCAUGUUUCUUUCAACACUAGGGAUCAAGCAGUGGUGCUUUCUAAGUUGGGUUGGCCGGAGAGAGCCUGAAAAGAUAAAGAAAACCAGCAUCAGGAAUGAAGAGGUUGAGUUCCUUCAGCAGUUUCUAAAGGACCUUCCUAAGGUUCCAUCUCAUUACUGCAGAUCUUCCUCUACAAAAAUGUACUUGGAACCUCUUUUUAAAUCCAUCAGUCAUCUUCAUUCUGAAUACACCCAUGCUUGUGCAGAAAAUAAUGUCCAGUCUCUUUCAAGACAAGUGUUCAGUAGCAUUUUUAACAAAUUAAAUCUCUCGCUGUUUCACCCCAAGAAAGAUCAGUGCAAUACGUGCUGUUCAUAUAAAGUUGGAAACAUAGAUGCUGGCACAUGGGAAGAACAUUGCAGGAAGAAGGAGUCAGCAAGAGUGAGCAAGCAGGAAGAUAAAAACAAUGCAACUGAGAAAACAAUGGUGGUGUGUAUGGAUCUGCAGGGUUUACUUCUUUGCCCCAAACUUCAAGCCUCAGCACUCUACUAUAAAACCAAGCUUGGUGUCCACAACUUCACAAUGUACAACAUGGCAACCCAUGAUGCUACUAAUUAUUUGUGUCAUGAAGGGGAAGGUGGACUCACAGCUAAUGAAUUUGCUUCAUGUAUCAUCCACUUCCUUGAGGAACACAGCAUGCAUGAUGAAUACAUCUUAUGGAGUGAUGGAUGCAGCUAUCAAAAUCGCAACAUAGUUUUAAGCAAUGCUCUGCUGAAGUUUGCAACUGAGAAGCAAAAGGUCGUUACCCAGAAGUACUUGGAAAAAGGGCAUACACAAAUGGAAUGCGACUCCGUGCACAGCGUGAUAGAGAGAAGACUGAGAGACAGAGACAUCCAUGUUCCAGCCGAGUAUGCCACGGUGAUCAGAGCAGCACGGUCCAAUCCCAGGCCAUACAAUGUGCAAUAUGUCAACCACAGUUUCUUCCAGGACUACAGCAAGCUGAAGCUUUGUAAGUCCAUCCGUCCUGGCAAAAACCCUGGAGAAUCAACUGUGUUUGACCUCCGGGCUAUCAGGUACAACGUGGAUGGUACCAUGGACUACAAAACUGUCCAUGCAGAUGACUGGACACCUUACCUCUCACCCACUCUUAGGAAGAGGAACAGUGACACCACAGUGCUGCCACUGUACACAUCCAGCCUGAGAAUCAAGGCGCUGAAAUACAAGCACCUCCAAGAACUUAAGAAUUUCAUUCCCAAGGACUUUCAUGGAUUUUAUGAUUCACUUAACUAUGAGUGAUAUGCAUCACCAGUCUGCAGGUUCACUGUUUAAUGUGGAGUUGGCUCACGUGUGUACAUAAAAAAAAAAAGCCACAGACCAUUUUCUUGAGUCUGACUGUGAGUCUCAAAACAUGAUUUAUGUGUUUUCCUAAUGAUUUCCCACAAGUAAUUAAGAUUUGUAUCCAAUAUCUACAUGGAAUUUAGUUAUUUAUCAAAAAGAGAUAUAACAUUUUAUUAGUAGUUGAUACAGGUUAUUCUAUUGAAAUGUUUGUUGGUUCGUAUG